UGAAGACAUUCAACACCAAAAUCAGAAACCGAAAUCGACCAAGUGGACGACAUUCGGCCUCGACCAAACCGACAAGAUGGGUGCGCUUAAAUACGUCGAGGAGCUCCAGAAGAAGAAGCAGUCGGAUAUCCUCCGCUUCCUUCUGCGUGUGCGCUGCUGGGAACUUCGCCAACUGAACGUUAUCCACCGUGCCUCGCGCCCGUCUCGCCCCGACAAGGCCCGCCGCCUCGGUUACAAGGCCAAGCAGGGCUAUGUUAUCUACCGUGUGCGCGUCCGCCGUGGUGGCCGCAAGCGACCUGUGCCCAAGGGUGCCACUUACGGCAAGCCCACCAACCAGGGUGUGAACCAGCUCAAGUACCAGCGUUCGCUCAAGGCUACCGCUGAGGAGCGUGUCGGCCGCCGCUGCGCUAACCUGCGCGUCCUCAACUCGUACUGGAUCAACCAGGACUCCACCUACAAGUACUACGAGGUCAUCCUCGUUGACCCCCAGCACAAGGCCAUCCGCAUCGACCCCAGGAUCAACUGGAUCGUCAACCCCGUCCACAAGCACCGCGAGUCCCGCGGUCUUACUGCCACCGGCAAGAAGUCGCGUGGUCUCAACAAGGGCCACCGCUACAACAAGACCACUGCCGGCCGCAGGAAGACGUGGAAGAGGCACAACACCCUGUCCCUGUGGCGCUACCGCUAAACGUCUCUAUGAAGACGUGGGGUCACAAAGCAGCAAGGGUGCUGUCGGUGUUUUGGGGAGUUUUUAUCUCGGUUUGGGCUGGAAAAAUUGUCCUCUAUUGUCGAUUGGGCGCAACUUCAUUCAGCUCUGGUUCACGUCGUUCAUAUCGGAUAUGCAUCGGUUCUGCAAUUUGGGGUUGGGACAUCAAAACUUUUAACGAUAGCAAAAUGAACAAGGCACGACCGAUACCAGGCGGUGCCAACUUGAAUUCAUGUCAGCGCCCUGUUUCCAGCCCUGCUAAAUGUACAGUCACGUGCAAGCGAUUGUCAUGUAUGUAUAUGGUAUGAAUCCUGAUGCAGAACAUUGAU